CGCUGCUCCUUGGGGCUCAUUCAUCCGGGGAUGUGAGCAAGUUUGCGAACAGAGACCCCUUCCCCCCUCCUAGGUAAGAACACCUCGGCAGGUGAACACUGGAGAAGCUCCGUCACCCUGGGGGCGGCCUCACUCCCUUUCUGCACCCGGCUCCGAGGCUCGGGGCCGAGCGGGGCACUGGCUGCAGCCCGGCCGCCUCCGACGUGGCCCGGGGGAGCUCUGGGGCCCGGGAGGCCCGAGGCCGGUGGCGCUUCCUCGGGGUGGAGGUGGCCGGGCUGCUCCCUGCGCUGCACGCCCUUGCCAGCCACGGCGUGAGAUUCGCAGGUAGCACUGGCUGUGAUUCUCGUCUCCAGCCAUCUGGAAAAGCAGAUAAAUAAGACCGAUUCCUGGUAGGGUGCCAGCACCCACAGCACCCGUGUCCACAGAUGUGCACUGAAAAGAAACUUUAUCACCAAAUUCCAACUCCAGAUCCUACGAUGGCCAAAAGAUCCUCGUGAGAAUAAGAAAAGGAACUUUGUCCCCUAAUUCAGAUAUGUAGACAGCAAAUAAUUGCUGUACAUGUGUAGUAGGUUUAAACUUGUGGAGUGCUUGAAGCUUGAAGAAAAUGAAGGAAAUGUUUUCCGAAAAUAUUCUAUGCUCCAUUCUGAAAGUGGAGAAGGUCCUGGAGCAGGAAAAGAAGGAGGACACCAGCUGAGUGGAGAGGGCUCUGUGGCUGAGCUUCCCUGUGGCUGCACGCAGGAAGGAGCAGAACUCGGAUCUGAAGGCAGGACCGGACCUGGCCCUGGAAAGCCAUGGAUUGUUUCCAGAGUUCGCUGAGCCAUUCCUGGAUUUAUCCCACUGUGAUCCUCUGCUUAUUUGGAUUUUUCUCCAUGAUGAGACCCUCAGAACCAUUCCUAAUCCCAUAUUUAUCUGGACCAAAUAAAAACCUGACAAGCGCAGAGAUCACAAAUGAAAUCCUCCCCGUUUGGACAUACUCUUACCUGGUGCUGCUCUUCCCCGUUUUUAUCCUCACCGAUUACGUCCGCUACAAGCCAGUAAUCAUCAUACAGGGCAUCAGUUACAUCGUGACCUGGCUGCUGCUCUUGUUUGGCCAAGGCGUGAAGGCCAUGCAGGCUGUCGAGUUCUUCUACGGGCUGGUCACCGCCACUGAUGUGGCCUACUAUGCCUACAUAUACAGCGUGGUCAGCCCGGAACACUACCAGAGAGUGAGCAGCUACUGUCGGAGCGUGACGCUGGUGGCCUACACGGCGGCCUCCGUGCUGGCCCAGCUCCUCGUAUCCCUGGCUGACAUGUCAUACUUCUACCUCAAUGUCAUAUCCUUGGCCUCUGUCACGAUGGCCUUCCUUUGCUCACUUUUCCUACCCAUGCCCAGGAAGAGCAUGUUCUUUCAUGCAAAACCCAGCAAAGAAGCGCAGACCUCCCCAGGCACAGAGGCAGUGGUCGGUGGAUCUCAGGAGGCUGGUGCACCAGGCUGCACAGAGAAGAAACCCACGUCGGAAAUACUCACCGUUUCAGGGAGUCUGGAUGCUGGACAGUUGAGCAGCCCUCAUCCAAGCAAUGUGAUUGUGAGAGUGUUUGUGCAGUGGUUCCAAGACCUGAGGGAGUGCUACUCCUCAGAGCGCCUUUUUUACUGGUCCCUGUGGUGGGCUUUUUCCACAGCCGGGUUUAACCAGGUUGUGAACUAUGUUCAAAUCCUGUGGGAUUACAAGGCACCAUCCCAGAAUUCUUCCAUCUACAAUGGAGCAGUGGAAGCCAUUGCAACAUUUGGAGGGGCCGUGGCGGCCUUUGCAGUGGGUUACGUGAAAGUCAACUGGGAUCUCCUGGGAGAGUUGGCUUUGGCUGUCUUCUCCGUGGUCAAUGCGGGAGCCUUACUGCUCAUGCAUUACACGGACAGCAUCUGGGCCUGCUAUGCCGGCUACUUGGUCUUCAAGUCAGGCUACAUGCUCCUCAUCACCAUCGCAGUGUUUCAGAUCGCAGUUAACCUGAGUGUGGAACGCUACGCCCUGGUGUUUGGAAUCAACACCUUCUUGGCCCUGGUGAUCCAGACCAUCCUAACUGUGAUUGUUGUGGACCAGAGAGGGCUCAACCUGCCAAUCAGCAUUCAGUUUUUAGUUUAUGGGAGCUAUUUUGCGGUCAUUGCUGGAAUUUUCCUGAUGAGAAGCAUAAGCAUUAUCUACUCAGCCAAAUGUCUAAGGAGCUCUGCGCCGAGUCAGAGUCCAGCCAAGCCACACUCAGAGGAACCAAGUGACGUGACCAUUGAGACCAGGCUCUAGGCAUGUCCAGCCCUGCAGCCCUGAGCAUGGAUGCUGAGGUUCCCAAAGGCACUGAAUGAAAACGCAAGAGUGUGAGGUGGACAGCAUGAUGUGCUUUGUCAUAAAUUCACACACUCUGCAAGUCUGGAUUCCAACAGACCUUUUCAAAACCACAACAAACCUCAGCUUUAGAGAGGAUGUGUGCCCCGCUGAUCUGGAUGCAGUUGACAGGACUCAUCACGUUGGGGACCCCAGUGGAUGGCAGUGACCAAAAAAUUCUAUUUUCAUCUCAGGCAAGGACAUGCAAAUGGUGAGGAAUACCAUGAGAAAACAGCAGCCAUCUUGGAGUUGGUAUUAGCUGUUUGCGAGCAGACAUGCUAGCUGGAUUGUCCUGUUGCUGGGUUCAGAUACUUGCUUGAUCUCACUCAAGUUGGCAAUACAUAGGACAUUUUUUGGUCGUAUGAACUAUUGUCUAUCAUCUUCCAAUAAGUAUAUUUUUAUAUAACUUACAGUUCUCUGAGAGAAUUACAAAGUUUGGUCCCAUUUCUAAGGACUUCUCUUCAACUCCCAAUAAUA